AUGGGAAAUACCUUCAGAAUAUCGAUUUCAAAAUGUCCGCCAAUAACACAACGUAAACGUUUAUCACCGGCAUCAUUACAAGUUCCUAGUGCUAUCCCACAUUGGAAUGCAGAUGUGAAACUGGACAAAGAAGAAACACAACGAGAAGUGUCACACGACUCGUUCUGGGUAAAUCGCACAAUUUCCAAUACACAAUUUGAUGAAAAUGACACAGAAAAGGAACUUCAUCACGGUGUUAUUCAACAUACGCCAGAGAUUCACUCCUUAGGGUGGGCUCGAAUAGCAUGUUAUGUAUUAGUAGCUAUUAUGAACUUGAGCGCAUGGAUCGACAUGCAAGGAUUAUUCGUCGAACUUCCUCUUAUUGUGCCAUUUACUCCGGAGAGAUGGACUCUGCCGUCAACAGCAGCUAUGUGCGUCUGUGCAGCUAAUAUUGUUCCUGCAGUUGUUAUAGUGUUGCGUUGGCGACAAGGGAAAAAGUUUUCCGAGAUUCCUUACAUUUACAUGAUAAUCAUUGUUGGAAUUGUUGCAUGUUUUAUCGUGGCUUUGUCUUGGCAACAAACAAUAUUUUUAUUUGGACGUCAACGAAGUGUGUGGUUACUUGCUUCGAUAUUUAUUCUUUCGAUGCUCGACUGUACAUCAUCUCUUGUCUUUUUCGAUUACAUGAAACGACUUCGUGCACAGUACUUGAGCGCGGUUUUCUUAGGCGAAGCAUUAACAUCUGUAAUUCCAACAUUGCUAGUGUUAGCUCAAGGUGUCGGAGGUGAAACAAUUUGUAUUAACACUAGUAAUAGUACUAUUCCAGAAGCCAGAUUCACUCAGCCUCGAUUUAGUGUUCGCAUUUUUAUGCUUUGCAUCGCGGGUAUCAUUACGGCAUCGCUCAUUGCCUUUGUUCUUCUCAGAUGGACAAAUGUCAUUGCAUUGGCUGACGCUGCUCAAAUGGAUGAUUCAAUAUACGAUUCUCAAAUUAAAAUAAUCUUCAAUCAAACAAAAAACAAUCUCGAUACAUGGAAAGAGAAAUGGUUGAAAGCAUCGUUCAUUAUCAAACAAUUAGAUCAAGCUUUUAUUGAGCUUAUGGAAUUUAUCAAAUCUGGUUUUGAAAUUAUGUCGACAGUCUUUCGACAGGUCACAGUAAAAAUAAACAAAUUUGGACAAAUAAUUGAAACAAUUCAAUGUGAAAACACCGAUCUAAAAUCAAAAGUUAAAAAAUGCGAAGAAAAUGAAUUAAAACGAACGAAGAAAAAACAAAUUCGUGAACAACGUUUAUUAAUUCGUGAUCUAUUCGUCACCGCUCGACAACGAUUAACACAAGAACAAUUGAUAUAA